AUGGCUACCCCCAGUGUCCUAGCUUUUAACGCUGAGGGCAGAGCCAUUGACUUUGAGGUCUGGGUCGACGACCUGCAGUUGUUUUUGCAGUGCAAUAGGGCAGACGGUCUUUCUCUCUUUGACCUCACCUCUGGCGCCUCUCCUGCUCCUGCUGUUGAUGCUGACCCCACUGUUCGCUCUCAGUGGGCCACCCGCGAUGCUGCUGCACGUCUUGCUGUGCGUCGCCACUUGCCCACCAUUGAGCGCGCGCACUUUAGUCGGUACAAGAGUGCUCAGACCUUGUACGACGCUGUAGUUGCGUGCUACUCCUCCCCUGCCACUGCUGCACUGAGCCGUCUCAUGCUACCCUACCUCUUCCCUGACCUCACUGCCUUUCCCACUGUCGCUGACCUCAUUACGCACCUCCACACUAGUGACACUCGCUACCGCGCUGCCCUUCCUGCUGAGUUCUGCACCACGAACCCCCCCUCCAUGGGUGCUCUCCUUCCCCCCUGCUGCCCUCUAUUGCCUCUGCUGCUGCUGCCGACCUGCUUGGUCUUGAGUCGGUCGGCGCGGCGUCUGCCCCUAGUGGGAGACGCCGCUCUGGCAAGGGCAAGGGGGGCAAGGGUGCGGGUGGAGCAAGAGGAGGCGGUGGAGGUGGCGGUGGAGGCGGCGGAGGGAGUGGGGGUGGCAGCGGGAGUGGUGGCGGAGGCGGUGGUGGUGGUGGCAGCAGCGGAGGAGGCGGCGGCGGUGGCGGCAGCGGUGGGAGUGGUGGCGGUGGUGGAGGCGGAGGAGGAAGAGGUGCUCGCGGAGGAGGUGGAGCUGGUCGGGGUGGUGCCCCGCAGCGGAGCGGCUCUGGUAGUGAGGGGUGGGGGUGCUGGUCCGUGCACCUACGUCCUUCGUUCCGCCGACCGCGCUGGUGAGCAGUGUCGGGGUGCCCACCCCACCCAGCGCUGCUUUGGCCGCCUGACGGACGCUUGGCGUCAGCAGUUCCCCGAGGCUAGUGAGAUUCCCCACUGGGAUGAGCUUUCUAGGGCUGGUGUAGCGAUCUUUGAUCUUGACUUUGAUGCUAUUCUUGCUGCUAUGUAUGCUGUGACUAUUAGUGAGGAGGGUGACUGUUACCGGUGUUUCCCGCCCGACCCGGGCAUUGGUACUGCUGAGCUAGGUGCUUGUGAGGCUGCUGCUCUAGGUGCCAGUGCGUCUGCGCUCUCAGGUACUGGUAAGACUGCGCUCUCAGGUACUGCGUCGCCUUCGUCCUCCCUCACCUUCACACUUGACUCAGGGGCUUCUCGCUCCUUCUUUCGAGACCGCACCACCCUCACGCCGCUUGGUCGGCCGGUUGCGGUCUCCCUGGCUGACCCCUCUGGGGGUCCUGUCCUCUCUCACUUUUCCACUGUCCUCCCGUGUCUGGCUGCCCCCUCGUGCACCCUGUCUGGUCUGUACCUUCCCUCGUUCUCGACGAACUUGGUGAGUGGUGCGGACCUACAGGAUGCGGGAGUUCACCAGUUCACUCCUGCGAGUCAGCGGGUGACCCACUGCAAGGACGCACGCACAGGCCGCCACCUGGCCACGUUCUCGCGUCGGCCGGGGUCGAGCCUCUACACCGUGACCACUGAGUCUCCUCCUGUCCCUGCGUCUGGUCAGGUAGCUGCGUCAGGUCAGGUGUUUGCUGCUGCGUCCCGGUCUGGCCCUGAGUCUGCCCCCUGUUCGUGUCGCCUCCUGUCUCACGAGACUCUCCUGUGGCACCACCGUCUUGGCCACCCCUCCCUGUCCCGUCUUCGGGGCAUGGCUUCCCGUGUCCUUGUCUCUGGUCUUCCCCAGUCUCUCCCUCCUCUCCCCUCCGGGCCAGGACCUUCCUGUGUCCCCUGUGUCGAGGGUCGCCUCCGGGCUACUCCUCACUCCUCCCACUUCCCCCCGACAGAGGCUCCCCUGCAGACGCUUCACAUGGAUGUGUGGGGCCCAGCCCCCGUCCGUGGGCAGGGUUACGAGCGCUACUUCCUGUUGGUGGUUGACGACUACUCGCGUUACACCACAGUCCUCCCCUUGCGCAGCAAGGGUGCGGUCACUGAGGUGCUGAUCGACUGGAUCCGCGAGGCUCGUCUCCAGCUCAGGAGGAGCUUCGGCUCGGACUUUCCUGUUCUGCGUCUGCACUCUGACCGUGGUGGGGAGUUCUCCUCUCGUCUUCUCCAGGACUACUGUCGAGCACAGGGCAUCCGCCAGACCUUUACGCUUCCGGACUCUCCACAGCAAAAUGGGAUUGCAGAGCGCCGCAUUGGCAUGGUCAUGGAUGUCGCUCGUACGUCCAUGAUGCAUGCGGCUACCCCCCAUUUUCUGUGGCCGUUUGCGGUUCGGUACGCAACGCAUCAGCUCAACCUUCACCCCAGGGUCUCUCGGCCCGCGAUGUCCCCAGUCUUGCUGUGGACGGGUAAGGUCGGCGAUGCGUCUGCGUUCCGUGUCUGGGGGUCUCGGGCGUUUGUCCGCGACUUGUCUGCGGACAAGCUGUCUCCUCGUGCUGCUCCCUGUGUCUUCCUUGGCUUCCCCCCUGACGCUCCAGGGUGGCAGUUCUACCACCCCUCCUCUCGUCGUGUGCUGUCCUCCCAGGACGUCACGUUCGACGAGUCAGUCCCCUUCUACCGCCUCUUCCCCUACCGCACUCCUUCCCUUCCCCCGCCGCCGGACUUCCUUGUGCCGGUUCCCCCCCCGGUAGACCCCCUUCCCCCUCAGGUUCCUGCCCCCUCAUGUGUGUCCCAGGUAGACGCAGUUGACCCUGUCGAGGUUACUGGUGACUCUGGUGCUGCUGCGGGUGCUGAGCCUGGGGGUGCUGACUCUGGGAGUGUUGUGCACGGGGGUGCCGAGCCUGGAGGUGCUGCUACUAGGGGUGCUGAGCCUGGGGGUGCUGAGCCGGGGGGUGCUGUGCCUGGAGCUUCUAAGCUAGGGGGUGCUGAGUCUGGAGCUGCUGAGCCUGGGGGUGCUGAGUCUGGAGCUUAUGAGCCUGGGGGUGCUGUGUCUGGAGCUGCUGAGCCUGGGGGUGCUGCGUCUGGAGCUACUGCGCCUGGGGUUUCUCUUAGUGCUCCGUCUCGGCGGGAGCCCCUCUCUCUGCAGGAGCUGCGCGAGUGGUUCGCUCGCCGCUGGAGGCGUACUGCUGGAGCUGGAGCUUCCCCGACCGUCGGGGGUGCUGGUGCCGCCGGUCCCGGAGCUGCUGGGCCUGCGGGUCCUACUGGAGCUGGAGCUGCUGAGGGUGUUGGUGCUGAGACUACUGCUGUCUGUCUUGGCGGUGGUCCUUCUGCUGGUACUGCUGGAGGUCUUGCCGCUGGAGGUGUUGGUGGCGCUGGUGCUGCCGCUGAGUGUGCUGGUGUUGUCCCUGCUGAGUCUGGAGUUGCCGCGCGGCCUCGGCCGUACUUCGUUCCGCUCCUACAGCAGGUUCUUGGUCUUUCUCCUCCUGUAGAGUGUCCACAGCCUGUCCAGUCGCAGUCACUGCUGGAGCCUACCUCCCCACUGCCUGCUCUCUCUCCUUACACUGGUCCUACUGGGGGUCUGGCUGAGCGUCGUGAGCCUGCGUCUCGUCCCGCGUCGCCUUCCUCUCUUCCUGCGCUUGCCGACCCUGAGUCGGACUCCCUUCGUGCUGCCAGUCCUACUGUCACUCGUCUACUUGCUACUGUCGUCACUGGCCCCUCUUUUGAGUCCGCUGCUGCGUCUGCUCUUGUCGCUGAGCUCGUCGACUUUGCUGCUCGCUGUCGUCUAGACUACGCUGUCAGUCUUGUAGCUGAGUUUGCGUCUGUCUGUCCUCCGUCCGUCGGGGACCCGGAUGCACUAGACAUCUCGACUCCGCGCUCUUAUGCGGAGGCCGUAGAGGGUCCCUACUCCUCUCAGUGGCAGGCAGCUAUGGAUGCAGAGAUGGCUUCCUGGAAGUCCACAGGCACCUACGUUGACGCGGUUCCCCCUCCUGGGGCGAACAUCGUCAGUGGCAUGUGGAUCUUCAGGGUGAAGCGGCCGCCGGGCUCUCCACCUAUCUUCAAGGCGCGGUACGUCGCUCGUGGCUUCAGUCAGCGGCAGGGAGUUGACUACUUUCAGACCUUCUCUCCCACCCCAAAGAUGACCACUCUUCGGGUGUUGCUGCACAUAGCCGCUCAGCGCGACUACGAGCUUCACUCUCUCGACUUCAGCACUGCGUUCUUGCAGGGUAGCCUGCACGAGGAGAUCUAG